AUGCCGAAUGGCUAUAAAAACCAGCCGAUAUCUGGUUAGUUCCACGUUAAUGGCAUCUUAAACUAACCUUUUAACGACUCCAGGAUUCACCGGUUAUAUUCCUGGCGCAAAGUGGCAGGUUGGCAGUCGAUACGUGGCAGGAUCACGUGAAAACAGCGGAUUCUCACCGCAAAACUCGUCGGCAACGGGAUCUGGUGAGAAAUUCUGUUUAUUUGCACAACAAAGUAAAAAAAAAUAGAUGAAGAACUGGUGUCAAGUUUCACAUUGAUUUUUGAAAUUGAUAAAAAAUGAUUUCAAGAAAAUUGAGAGAAGUUGAAAAAGUUUCAGGAGCACAAAGUCAGCCACCAAUUGCUUCGAGGGAAAAUCAGAAUCAAAGCCAGAGCCAAACAUUCUCGGCAGGAAACGUGAGAGACUAAAAUGCUCCCACAUGUUGUUAAAAUCUUUAGAGAUCAAAGGGAGAGGAACAAAUGCUAAACUACUCGGAAAUGUCGAAUGACGAACUUCGCGAACGAAUGCUGAAAAUGCAAAUGGAUAUGCAGAAUCUUCAAUUCGCGAUGGGUAUGCAGCAGUCUCAGUCAGGCAAGUGAACGAGCGUUGAAGCACAACGAACGCUUUCUUUUUCAGUGGCUGACGGAUCGUCGGGAAUAGCAUCAGCAGCAAAUUAUGGGAUGAGAGAAGAACCAAGCGGAAGAAUGGUGAAUACAUAUUUUAUUGUCUCAGAAGGAAAUAUUUUUCGUGUUUUCUUUAGGACCGAAGGACAGAGUUCGAAGGACGGCAAGGGCAGGACCAGUCAAUGAAACAGAGGAGCAAAAGCGUGCCGAAAAGUGAGUUCAUGCGGAAACUCACAAAAGGCAUGAGAGCACAAGUAGAAAAGUUCCCAGAUUACCCUAGUCACGUAAAGUGAUGUUUUAACAAUGUUCUGUUUUUCUUACUAAUCUCACUGGACACACUGCAAAUGAAAAAGAAAAACAAAACAGAAACCUCUGUGUGCUCAGGAAUUGAAAACAAUCCGUUCGACGGGAUAGAGAGCGGCUGGUGGAGCAAGGGAGAGGUGAAGAGGAAUCAGGUUGGUUCUGGAACGAAGCACGUAAACGAGCGACUCAUAUAUUUCAAGGAGCGACGCGAGAUUGCGAACGGCGGACAAAUGGUGAGCGGCGGAAAUUGGAGCCAACGACCGGCGAGCCGACAAAGAGUUUCGAGGAAGCUGGGAGCUCUCGAGGUUGGCGCCGGGGUUUAUUUCAAUUUUUAUGAGACGGACUCGUUUUUUGCAGAAAGAUGAAUCAGAAGACAUUCCGGCAGCUGGUUACAGCGGGCACAUACAGGGUAAACAUGGGAGCAAAAUUGUGGGCGAAAGUACUAGUUGUCCUGACUAUUCACUCACUUGCAACGCCUUUCCCACGGUUUCCAAUUCUGGCGUUGGCUGUGAGCACCAAAACCUAAUGAGUUCCUUUGCAGGAAUACGACAACUGGGAGUUGGAAAACCGUUCAAUGUGGCCGCGAGGCAGGCGAAAAAAGAGUACAUUGAACGGAGAAGAACGUACAGCGGAAGUCGAGGUAAUGAAGUUUGCGGCGGAAAAUGCGAAAUCGGAAAAAAAACGCUUGAAUAGAAGAGAGAAGACACAGAAAAAACACCUGCGCACGGUGGACGGACGGCGGUCUGAGAGAAGUGAGACGUUCAAGAGAACAUAAUCACGUAACAGCGAAAAAAAAAAGAACCGACCGAGAACGAGAACACAAAUAAUCUAGGCAAAGGGGAAGGAAAUAGUUUUGCCAACCAACUACAACCAAAAUGGUCGGGAAGUAUGAAAUGAGUGAGCGUGCUUCUUUUUUUUCGCGUGCGAGAAUUCCUGUAACAGAUGUGUGCAUAAUCGUGAAGAGAGGGAGAUAGAGAAGUGUUGGUAGCGGGAGAGAAAUACUACAAAAACGGUCUUUCUUUGCGCAGCCUGCAGGCCCGGAGAGGAUCCAUUUUAAUACGUAAAUAUGGCCACUUUUUCAUUAUUGAAAAGUUUACUGACGGAAAUGGAGAAGAGUGAGAGAGAGAGAGGAGAUAAAUGGGAAGCGGUGCCGUUUCGAGUGGUCGUGCAUGCAAAGUGUUCACGCUCGCUGACCACCCACUCAUCAUACCUCUUUCCUGUUUUCAUCAUCUCAUUUCUUUUCCAACUUUAGAUGCGCUCAACGGACGUGGCCGUGGCACGCAGUUCAGCGAGGAAGUUCUGUCCGCCAACGCAGUUAAGCUGCCCGACAAUCGUUUCUGAUCUCCUAAAGUCCUUAUCCUCCACCAUCGUGAUCCCCCCUGCUCUCGUUUUCUGGCAUAACAAUACUCUCCACCCACUCUGUCAUUUUCUCAAUUUUCUCAAUUUUCCAAUCCAAACCCCCCAUCCUAUUCUCUCUUGAAAUCAGAUCUCUAGCUGUGGGCCUUCCCUUUCAAUUCCAUCCAUGUUUCUCCUUUCUUUUAGUUUAUAAAUUUACAUUUUGAAUCCAAAAUCCAAAUAAAUGAUUGCCAGGAAUCAAUCUUGUUCUUUAAUCCAGAUAUGAUGGCUGCUAAUGACGUCUCACCGGCAGUCAAGGACCGGAGAUUCUCUCUUUCUGUCUAUUUUCUUCUCCCGUUUUAAUAUAAUUGUGUAUCCGCUUCCCGAAAUAGCAGGAAACGAAGAAAAAGAAAAAAAGCUAAAUGCUCAGAGAGCAGCGAGAUUCUUGCUACGUCCUGGAGCGUGAAACACUUUUCGGACUUUGAACGAAGGGUCUCAUCAUUUGCCAUUUUCUUGCUCUCCGACACAUUCACAUUUCACCCAACUUACCUACACGUCUUGGCAUGUUCACCCCCAUAGCUAAUGAAUACUUUAUUAUCUCCUUUCAUUCUUUCUUUUUCCCUCCUUCGCGUUCUUCCCACUUCCCCCUCUUUCUCUCUCUUUCUCUCAUUCUCGGCUCUCUCUCUCUUCGCCUCUAUAGUUUUCUGUGUGUGUCCCCGCGAACGCUCCGAACGAACGCUCCCCCUGUCCUCCUUCCUCUUCGCCACCCAUCCAUUUAUUAUUGUAAUCACUAGUUUUCCUGCCAUCUUUUUCGUUCACUCCACCAAAAGUUUUCUGCCGUUUUCUUUUCUCAGAUGCCUAAUACAAUUUGUCACAAAACGGCAAACAACACGGAAUUGGCUCAACAUGAGACGCUUUCCUCUCUCUUUUUUCAUUUGUAUUGCUUGUCACAACAUGAACGAAACGCAUUCAAUAAGAAUAGCGAACGUUUCCGUUUCUUCACAAAUUGAAAAGUAUCGUCUCACCAAAACCACCAACUGCUCUUUUCCUUUUUUCUAAAAACGAAAAGCUCUUGUCGUUGAGGCGGCAGUGUAUGUAUGUAUGUAUGUAUGUGUGUGUGUGUGUGUGUGCCUGACUUGUCUUGUUGUUUGUGGCCAACCGCAACAAACCCACAAUCGAUGGGUCGCUGUAAAAUAUCAAAGGAACGGUUCAUCCCUUCAUUAUUACCUCAGGAGGAGACGAGUCAACUGCGCUCUAGCGCACUAGUUUAGGGCGCGCUCUCACACCUAUCGAAACGCGAUGUUUACAUCACUGCACGCGCCCGGUUCUCUCCGUCCGUCCGUCCGUCUGUCCGUCCGUCAUUCUCCCUCACUGUUCGUUCGAUUUCAAUGAGUUUUGACCGCAUUUCCCUCACUCUCCUCCGUCAGUUCUUUUCCUCCCCUCCCCCUCCCUUUUCCAUCCAGCCGAUUGCUUUUUUGACCAUGCUGUUCUAUUUUUCGUCUAAGACGUUAAAACUAAACAGAAAUCGAUUAUUUUGCUGUUUUUUUGUGAAUACUUUCGAUAUAAAUAUCACAAACUAUCCAUGAGCGGCGCACUAGACCAAUGUUUUUGCAUUAAUAUGUAAUUGCAUUCUGCAUUCCACUUUUCCCCUUCGAAGCCAACCAAAAAGAAGCAAAAUUAUUAUUUCUCUGUUUCAUACGCCAAUUUUUCUCUUCUCCCAAAAAAUCCCGCAAUAAAUUGAGCUCUCUUCUCUUUUCUCUUUUCUCUCUUUUUCUUUUAUUGCCUAUUUUGUUUGCUUUCUCCCAGUUCUUCUUUCUUCCCCCCACCCAACUCUUUCACUUCUUCUUCUUCUUCUUCAACUCGCCAAAAAGAGCAACAUUUGUGCAAUCAUUUUUUUUUUGCAGGCAGCAGAAGUACUCGGACCAGCAGAAUGACGAGUCGAAAGAGGACGAAGAGAAAGCACAGCGAUGAGGAUUUCGAUGUAGACGAGGAAGAUGACGGCCUGGAUAACGACGAAACUAAUAAAUGGGCCUGUCAUUCGUGCACAUUUAUGAAUCGCGCCGCCGCUUAUCGAUGUAUUGUAUGCGGCACGAGGUGGGUGGCUUAACGUCUUUCUCAUUUGCAUUGUCAGGUCACACAAUAAUACUAGGCCAGCCAGAAUGGAAAGUUUUUUCAAUCGGAAGACGGAUGCCCGAUAAUGCGUUUUCUUUUCCCGCAUUUUGAGGUCAAAACUUUCUAGACAAAAAUUUGGAAAUAACUAGUUGCGAGAGAUGUUUUAUUCAUGAAAUUCCAUCUAUGACCUUACUUUUCGAGGUGACCAUCACUGUAGCGCCUAGAGUGUAGACUGCAUUGAAUACCGCGAGGGCUGAACAAAUAAACGGCCACGAGUGACAUCAAACCGAACUGCUCUAGUUGUGUGAAGACGCAAAAACGGGAAAGAAAACUCGUUUUGUUUUUCAGAAAAGGAACCUCUACUCGACGGUCUCGCGUCAACGACAAUGUUGUCGAAAUGCAGAAAACAAUUACGACGAUGGUGCAGAAACAAGUUGAGAAGGAGAAGUCAAUGUAGGUUGUUUCCCCCGACACAAUCGCCGAUUUUAUCUCCUAACUUUAUGUGUUCAGGAAGCGCAAAGAACGAUCUUUAAUCAAGUCAGUCACACGCGAACCGAGUGUUGCACCGGUGGAGAUCAAACAGGAAGUGAUGAGCGCAUUCGAAGAUGUCGACGCUCAAAAAUCAUGUGGUUCCACUUCACCACUUGAACAAGCCACGGCGACACGAGCUGAAACUCCACUUAUUAAUGUCACAACAACUUUGAAAGUGGAAAGGGCAUUUCCGAAUGGAUUGACGCCAUUAGCGAGUAUUGAGAGGAAGAAAAGUUGCUCUCCGAUCAUUGAUAUCGAAGAAAUCAGCCCUGUCGAGAAACGACCACCGGUUGAUGUAGCGUGUGUGAAAAUAGAAGUGGAAGUCGAAGAAGAGGUCAAGAAGCAAUCGCCGGCUACAUCAGAGACAAACGUUCCGAAUGGAUUGAAGCCGAAUCCUUCUCCUGUGCCCUUUCAUUUCCAAGUUCCUGUCCAGCAGCCACCGUCAGCUCCAAUCCCUGCUCCUCAACCGCCACAACCCCAGCCACCAGUUCCGUCUCAAUCCGAUUCCAUCUUGCAGCAUCUUCCGGAAAGAGUGGUCAGAAAGAUUAAUCAGCCGAUCAAAACUGAUCCGAAUGUUCUGAAUGCUUGCAAACGGAUGACCGGAAUCGAUCCGAUUGUGGCUGAAGCGGAAGCGGUUCUUCUGCCGAAAGAGUGGGAUCGACAGAGAGUGAUGAAGGGGCUUGUGUUAAACGGAUCCACUCAGUACGCCAGUCCGUCCACCUCGAGACAGUCUUCUGAAACGGACUCAUCGACUUCUGAAGCUGCGCGAAGGUAACACUAUUUUCUUGAAAUAUCGACAUUAUGGGCUUAUUCAGUUCGGUAAAAACGGAAAAAAAUUGUUUUUUACCUGACUGAUCCAGCUCACCAGUCACUGAGCAAUUGUUUUUGGAAGCUGAUGUGCUCAAAAUCUUAGAGCACAAAAAACUGUUUAGAAUUGCACGGCUUCUAGCAACCUUAAUUAAAUAUGUUUCAGCUUAGAGACUCCAUUGCAAGACGUUUCUCCGCAAUUUUCGAAAAGCUGCCAGAUCCCCGAUUACAUGAUUCAUCGGUCAGUUCGCUUAAUCUUUCCACCCUCAACUAUAUUCUAUUUGCAGAGAAUCCUCACAAAAGAUCUUCAUCGUUGCAAAUGGAUAUCCAGCGUUUUUCGAGGAGUUUCCUAGGAGAAUGCCGUCAAAUCACCUUUAA